AUGCUGAGAGCGGCUGCAGCCGAACGAAAUCGAGAGCCAAUUGCUGAGGUUUUGAAGUUAUAUUUCAAAGGACGAUUAAAACUACUAGAAAUCGCUUCCGGAACUGGUCAACACCUUGCGCAUUUCGCUCCACUUUUCCCGGAAGUCGUUUUUCAGCCCUCAGAAUGUGAGCACCGAUCAAUUCAUUCAAUUGUGGCAUAUGUGGAUGAAUUGAGGCUCGAAAACUUCCGUGUACCUUUGUUUAUCGAUGUGACAAAGCCGGCUGGGCAAUGGGCCUUGCCGGACGAUUAUGCACCAGAGCAACUUGACGUGAUCUAUUCGGCGAACAUGAUCCAUAUAAGCAGCAACGCGGCUGUGAAUGGAUUGUUCGAGGCAGCCGGCUAUUUGUUGAAGCCAUCUUCCGGCCUCCUCAUCACUUACGGACCGUACGCAGUAAAUGGGAAAAUCACGCCACAAAGCAACGUCGACUUUGAUGCCGGACUACGGACACAAAAUCCGGAAUGGGGUCUACGGGAUAUCGAAUUUUUGCGACAAUUGGCCGCUUCACACGGACUCGAGUACGAGAAGGCACACGAUAUGCCCGCGAACAACAAGAUUUUAGUUUUUCGAAAGAAGCUA